CUGGGCCGUAAUUUACUUCUCAUUUCCCUCCUUUUCCCAGCAUUCAACAAGCUUCGGCGCGACACCGGUCUUCACCACCGGAUCCAAAGGGAGCAUUCAUAGAUUUUUUGCAUGAAUUUAGCUACAUGGAUCAGAAUAAGCAGAUGUGUUGUUAAUGGAUAAGAACAUGGACAAUUGGUGAUAAACGGUCUGUGUUUGCAAGGGUGCACUCAGUAAUUUGAAUUGCGAGAGGUAAGAACAGAUAAAAAAGAUGAAGUUCAAGGCAUUUCUCACUGAGAAUGGUGUCAGUCUCUUAGAAAAGAGGUUUCUACCUGCCCUAGACAAAAUGGGAAAAAUAUGCCACCUCUUCCUAACCAGGGAUCAUGCUAUAUUCCUUCAUAACCUUCUGAAUGGUGAUGGAGUCCAAUGCAUUGCUCAAUUUCGGAAAGAAGCUCUUUUUGAUGAUUAUCGCAUCUCAAGCCAGAAUGAGGAUCGCAUUGCCUUUGCCAUAGACAUUUCCCUUCUCCAACGUGCUGUUCGUAGUAGUGUAAGCAUAUGUUCCGAAUUUGGUAGUGGGCCUUCUGCCAAUUGCCUGCAGAUUAAAUUGGUGAAAAAGCUGCCUCCGAAUUGUACUCAGCCAAUGCCAUUUCUUACCUUUGAAACUAAGGGUUAUAAGUCUGCUGUUAUUCAAGAUGUACCAAUAUCUAAACCUUUAUCUAGGGCACAAGUGCUUGAGCUUCAAACUUCUCUUGAUAUGGCCCAAGAUUUACCUCAAACUCUAGUCCAAGUUCCAGAUUUGAAUCAAUUGCAGAACUUUGUGGACCGGAUGAAGCAUGUGGGUGAUGUACUAAAUGUCUCUGUGAGCAAGCAUGGGGAUCUGCACCUGCAGAUCUCAACGACUUUGAUCACACUUGGUGCUGAGUUUCGGAAAUUGAUGGUCAUAGGAGAACAAGCUGAUGCUCCACCAGAGGAUAAAAAUCUGAGUGCUCAGACUCGGGCUGAGAGGGCAGUUCUGAGGGGAGAUGCACAAAGUGUGCAAGUGAGCGUGAAGCACUUCUCCAAGAGUCUUCAGUGUCACCUGGCCAAGCCAGACUGUGCUUUCUAUGGGAUUGCUCCACAGGGUGCUUGCUUGACUGUGAUAUUCCAGUUCUUCAUUCCCGGUACUCAUCAAACUGAUAAAUCUAUCAGUCUACAUUGCAGGCUCCCUGUACUUGAUCCUGGGUCCUAAUUAACCUUGAAUCACAAGUACAUAGCUUUCCAGUCAGUGUAGUAGUCAUUCUAUGCAUGUUUUUCUUCUAAGUGGGAGGUAUCAUAGAAUGGCUGCUAGCUGUCCACCUGUCAUGUUCUCACAAUGUUCUGUUGAUACAUCUCCCUUCACAUGUUUUGCAGGAGAUAUUGAUAUUGAGACAUGAAAUUGUCACUUUGGUUUUAAUUGUUAAAUUGCAAUGUUUUUCUUUCUUGGAACAUGCCGUCAAUUUCUUUUACUUU